CUUGAAUCCGAGCGCGAGACCGAUUUCUGCAUGACGUAAUCCCGUGCAAGCCCUGUGAUUGGUCCUCGGGUCCCAGUUUAAAGUAACGUUAGCCCGCGGAGCGGAGACAAGCAGCUAACGGACACCGGCACACGGUUAGUGAGAUGAUGGAGUCUUGUUUGGCUAGUCAGCCGGACCGAGUCGGACCAGUGGAGGUGGACGACAUCAGGAGGGACCUGCUCAGUGACUUCUCUGAUCUCCCAGUACAGGACAGUACUGAGUCUCAGGCGGAGAACUUGCAGGUGUACCUGAGGGUUCGUCCGUUCACUGCAGCUGAGAGCAGCAGCGGAGAGUCUCAGGACUGUGUGACCUUGGAGAGUCCGGACACCGUGGUCCUGAAGGCUCCCCGGAGCAGCCAAUCAAACAAGCAGAGUGACAAGCCCCUCCCACAAACGGCACAGAAGUUCACCUUCACACAGGUGUUUGGCCCAGAGGCCGGUCAGAGGAAGGUGUUUGAGGGUUCGGUUCGUGGUUCGGUCAGAGAUGUUCUGGAAGGAGGAAACUGUCUCGUGUUCACCUACGGAGUCACCAACGCUGGAAAAACCUUCACCUUCCUGGGUCCGGAGCAUGACUCAGGCCUUUUGCCCAGGUCUCUUGCAGUCAUCUUUAACAGUAUCGAGGGUCGUCUGUACAGUCGCUGUGAUCUGAAGCCUCAGCGCUGCAGAGACUUCAGCAGACUGACUCCAGACCAGCAGACAGCAGAGAGCAGCAGCAAGAAGAAUCUGCUGAGGCUGCUCAAAGAGAGUGACAGAAGUGUGACGUCUGGCAGAUCAGCUUUUCUUGACGGCUCUCUGGGCUCUGACAGCAGUGUGAACAGCAUCUCCGAAGCCGACAGUUUCUGUCUGGAUGUUGACUCAAAUGUGCGUUUCUCCAUCUGGGUUUCAUUCUGUGAGAUUUACAACGACAACAUCCACGACCUGCUGGAACAGGUUCCCAGUGGACACCACAGGAGGACUGUGCUGCGUCUUUCUCAGGAUGUCAAAGGAAACUCCUUCAUCAAAGACCUACGCUGGGUCCAGGUGAACAGCUCGGAGGAAGCCUACAGAGUGAUGAAGAUUGGGAAGAAGAACCAGAGCUUCUCUUCCACCAGACUGAACCAGCUGUCCAGCAGGAGCCACAGCAUCUUCUCCAUCAGGAUCCUCCGAGUCGACGACGUUGGAGUUCCCAGAGUCCUCGGCAUCAGCGAGUUGGCGCUGUGCGACUUGGCCGGCUCAGAGCGCUGCUCUCGCACUCACAACACCGGAGAGCGUCUGAAGGAAGCAGGAAACAUCAACAGCUCUCUGUUGGCGCUUGGAAAGUGCAUCAACGCCAUGAGACUCAACCAGAACGCCAAGUUCCAGCAUCACGUUCCUUUCAGGGAGUCCAAGCUGACCCACUUCCUGCAGUUCUUCUUCUGUGGUGCCGGGCGGGUCUCCAUGGUGGUCAACAUCAACCAGAGCCCGUCCUGCUUCGACGAGACGCUCAAUGUCCUCAAGUUCUCCGCCCUCGCCCNGCAGGUGGUGGUGUUGAACUCCAGGCCGCCCGUCCCGGACGACGCCCCCCACAAGUCGGCCAUGGAGCUGUCGAUGAUCAUCGACGAGGCCGACCGGCGCAGGAACGUGUCGGGGCGGGGCCGCAAGAGCUCGCUGGUCGCCUGGGAAACGAACCUGGAGGACGUACUGGAGGGUGAGGAUGGUGAAGAGUGGGAUGAAGAGGAGGUGGAGGACAGUGUGAUGGAGGGAACAGUGCUGGAGGCAGGAGGAGAGGAAGACGAGGAGGAGGAAGAGGAGAGGACCAUGGAGGAAGAACCAAAGGCGGACGGCGAGGCAGCGCUGCGUUUGGUUCUGGAGGCUCAGAUCAGAGAAGAAGUCAGCAGUGAGUUCAUGGAGCUCUUCAACACGAUGGAGAAAGACUACAGUGAGCGUCUGGAGAAGGAGAGGGAGAUCCUGGAGGAACGAGCAGAGAAGAGAGUGGAGAUCCUGAAAAAUCUGAGGGCUGAGCUGACCUGCCGCUGUCUGAGGAGGACAGGAGGAGAGGAGGAGGAGGAGGAAGAGAGGAGGAAACGGCAGUGUGACGACAAGGAGGAGGAGAAAGGAGGACCAGCCAAGAAGAGAGUUGUUCUGGAGGAGGAGAUCUGGAGACUCCACAUGGAAAACGACAAGAAGGAGGAGACCAUCGUCCAGCUAAGAGAAAGAAAGGAGAGGACGAGGCUGGAGGAGGAGCUGAGGAGCAGGCAGGAGGAGGUGGAGGAGCUGAAGAAGGAGCAGGUGUUGCUGGAGCAGAAGGUGCAGAAGCUGACAGCGGACCUGGACGAGUGUCCCGGCUGCGCCUCGCUGUUCGUGUCUCUGCAGUCGGAUCAGAAGGAAACGUGCAGACUGACGAAGGAGAACAAAGCUCUGGUUAACGGCAUCUUCCAGCUGCAGACAGAGGUGACAGGGCUCCAGAAGCAGCUCAGAGAGCGGACUGACAGGACCGACAGCCUAUCAGAGCAGCUCAACACCUCAAAAACCCGCGUCCAGGACCUGGAGAGCCAAUCAGAGGAGAAGGCCAACAUCAUCAAGAGUCUGACACAAGAAGUGGAGCAUCUUAGACAGGAAGUCAAGGAGGGGGAGGGGCGGAGCAGCGGUGGCGUUUUCCACGCCACCAUGGAGCAGCUGAAGAAGGAGAGCCAGGCAGCGCUGGAGAGAUCGGCUCAGAAAUCCCAUCAGAUGGAGGAACUGCAGAGAGAGAAGAUCCAGCUGGAGGAGACGCUGACUCACAGUGAGAACACGUGUCACCGGCUCCGACAGGAGUUAGCCAAUCAAAAGGCAGAAUUCUCUCGUCAGCUGCAGAGCCUCAGGGCGGAGCUUGAGUCUGAGGGCGGAGCUCUGCGAGGGAGACUGGAGGAGAAAGAGAGACAAGAGCUGCAUGGACUUCUGUCAGAGAAGCAGAAUCUUCUAGAAGAAAGUCUCAGACAGAUGGAGAUCGUCAGACGAGAGCUGGAGCGUCUGAAGGAGAACCUGCAGACGAAGGAGGAGGAGGAGGAGAACCUGCAGACGAAGGAGGAGGAGGAGAACCUGCAGACGAAGGAGGAGGAGGAGAACCUGAGGAGGAGCAGAGAGUUUGAGGCUGUGAAGAGAGAGAUGGAGAGACUGCAGAGACUGAAGGAGGAGAGAGAGACUCAAACACAGAGCAUGCUCAGGUCUGGUGGGCGUGUCCAACAGACUGUUCCUGCGUCUCCUCUGAGGUCCAACAUGGCUGACAGGAAGAAAACCCCCAAAACUUGUGGGAGGAAGAGGAAGAGCUGUGAGGUGCAGGACCUGGUGUUCAGUGAGAACAAGAGAAACAGACUGAGAGGAAACACACGAAACAACAAACAGGAGCAGAAAGACGGGACUCUUCAGAAGAUUGGAGAGUUGAUCCACAGCUCGCCCUCCAUCCUGAGCAGCAAAGCUAAAACCAUCAUCGGUCUGGUCAGCGGACACCCGGUGGAGAAAGAGACGGUUACUGCGGCAACCAAACCCAGACGAGGACGGAGGAAGCUUUAUAAGACGGGCGUCUCGUCUCCGCUGCUCGACUCUCCACACCAGAUGUCGGCAGCAGCAGAGGAAAAGGAAAGCGAUCACCUCAUCAUCAAAAGACAGCUGCGCUCCAAGACCUGCAGGAAGUGACAUCAUCAUGAUGUGACGACACUACAGUGAAUCUGUUUAAUUUGUAAAUAUUUGUACAGUUUCUGUCUGAUUUUAGUUCUUUAGUUUUUGUGAUUUGAGGAUCAUUUUUGUUGCUGGGGAUCAAUAAAGAGCUGAAGAGCAACAAUUAAAAAUGAAA